UGACAAAAUUCAAGAAAAUCUGUUAUAAAUGAGUAACAAUUCAACAUGCAUUCGACCAUCCAUGAUCUCUUCCAUGGCUUUACCAAUCAGUUACACCUUCCUUUGUAUUGUUGGUCUCUUCGGCAACUCUCUCUCCCAGUGGGUAUUUUUAACAAAAAUAGCUAAGAAAACAUCAACGCACAUCUACCUGGCACACCUUGUGACCGCAAACUUACUUGUGUGCAGCGCCAUGCCUUUCAUGGGUAUCUACUUCCUGAAAGGUUUCCAAUGGCAAUAUCAUUCUGUGCAAUGCAGAGUGAUCAACUUUCUGGGAACUCUAUGCAUGCAUAUAAGCAUGUUUGUCAGCCUCUUAAUUUUAAGUUGGAUUGCUGUAAGCCGCUAUGCUACCUUAAUGAAAAAGGAUUCCGUGCAAGAAAUCACUUCGUGCUAUGAGAAAAUAUUUUAUGGCCAUUUACUGAAAAAAUUUCGCCAGCCGAACUUUGCUAGGAAACUGUGUGUUUACAUAUGGGGUGUUGUUCUGGGCAUAAUUAUUCCAAUUGUCAUCUAUUACUCAGUCGUAGAGGCCACAGAAGGUGAAGAGGGUCUGUGCUAUAAUCAGCAGAUGGAACUAGGAGCCACGUUUUCUCAGAUUGCCGGUCUCAUUGGAACCACAUUUAUUGGAUUUUCAUUUUUAGUAGUACUAACAUCAUAUUACUCCUUUGUCAGCCACCUGAAAAAAAUAAGGACCUGCACAUCCAUUAUGGAGAAAGAUUUGACUUACAGUUCUGUGAAAAGACAUCUUUUGGUCAUCCAGAUUCUACUAAUAGUUUGUUUUCUUCCAUACAGUAUCUUUAAACCCAUUUUUUAUGUUCUACACCAAAGAAAGGAUUGUCAGCAAUUGAAUUAUUUAAUAGAAACAAAGAACAUCCUCACCUGUCUUGCUUCAGCCAGAAGUAGCACAGACCCCAUUAUAUUUCUUUUACUAGAUAAAACGUUCAAGAAGACAAUAUAUAAUCUCUUUACAAAGUCUAAUUCACCACAUAUACAACCGUAUGAUUGACUCCUGAAUGGAAGACACCACAAAAUAGAAAAGCAUUCAAGUGACCCUAUUAGGGACACCAAAGUAUGUGAUUAAGGUCAUAGCUUGGUUGACAAUAGGCACUGAUAAAAUUUCUUUGUUUUUUAAAAAUAAAUAUAUAGAGUCAUAAAACUUGAUUUAUAGUUCUACUUAUAGUAAAAGUUGAGAUGGCAAAGACUUUCAGAGGCAAAAGUCAAGCAUACUGAGAGGAUCCCACUACAUAUGAAACCACGAGGUCAAUUUCUCUUUAAACUCAACUGCGGAUGCUGCUGUGUAGAACACAGUAUUUCACAACUGUAGAAGAAGCAAAUGGUUUAUGUCUGCUUUUGAGACAUUGGAAUACAAGGGUCGGUCUAUGGCUCCUGUUUGUUUUGCUGGUGAUUUUUACAAACUUUAAAAGUAAAUAAAAGAUCAAAAAAACAUGAAGAAAUGCUCUCACUUUGGUCCUAUUAAGAUGCAUGAAGAAUGAAUGAAUGGAGUGCGAAAAUCCAAAGUUUUAUGAACUGGUUAUUUAUUUAGUAUUAUCUGGCUCAUGUUAUUGGGAAAGGCAAUAUUUACUGAUUCCAAUAUUUGUUAAGCAUAUGUUAUUUAUAAAUAUUCUUAAAUAUUUCGAUUAGGCUUUGUCAAAAUAAAAAGCUAAUUAUGUUAUUGUUGGUCCAUCUUCAUCACAUUGUAUCUUCCCGUGUUCAGUAUAAAUAAUGUUGUUAUUAAUGACAAACAAUAUCUAGUAUAUAGGUAUACAUUCAGUUAAUUUUUGUGAAAUAAAUGAAUAAAUAAGGUGGUAUAAUAUAAUAUAGUUAAAGGGACUGACCCCUGGAGUUAAGACUCUCUGGGUUCAGUCCUGGUUACAUCUCUUAUUUGGCUGGGAGUCCUAGGUGUUAAUUUCUCCAUUUGAAGAAUGGAAAAUACUACCUUAUUCCUGGUAUGAUUAUUUAAUUAUAUGAUGUUACUGUUAUGAGUUGCGAUCACUUAGUAAGCACUUGCUGCAUGCCAGGCACUCUGCUUAUCUGCUUUAUAUGUGGUAUUUUACUGAUCACAACCCUAAAGUAUGUGGAACUCACUGAUGAAAAAAGUGAAGUGCACAGUUAAAUAAAUUGCUCAAAUUUCCUCCAAUAUCUAAAUAAAUAUUCAAGAGUAAGCAUCUUUUAGUAGUAAUUUCUUUCUUCCACGUAAUCAUGCCAAUAAGACAAAUGAUGGUGACUACAUUCUGUAUUAUACCCAUUAUAAUUUUUAAAAAAGCAUGUUCUUUCUUCCAAAGAGAUUAUAAGCACCUUUGGAGUUAUAAUCAAUUUUCUAUUUCUACUCCCAUAGCACUUACAUUCUUUUCUCAGAUAAGACCCAAACAAAAACAGUUGAAUAAAAUCAACCAUUAACUGUAACGUGCCACUUGGUUAGAGACUAUUGAAAGACUCAUUUUUCUCUCCAUAAGAUGAUUUCUUCAGUGCUCAUAAAUUAAGUUCACAUAGUACUUCCAAGUCUCUACUCUCAUAGCUUUGUUCCUGAAAUAGAACUGUAGAAACAAUGUACUGUGUAGAUUCUCUAAGAGCCAUGUGUUUGAAACCACUAGAGCUUAUGACACGUUUGUGGAAUUUCCAUUAAGAAUAAAUAAAAAAA